AUGAACUACCCACUAACCCUGGACAUGGACCUCAUCACCUAUAACCUGGACGACCUGUACAAGGAAUUUGCCAUCUACAAUAACAGCACCGAGAUCCCCCUACAGGAAAGCCGCUUCUGCUCCACAGUGGAGGGACCCCUGCUGACCUCCUUCAAGGCGAUCUUCAUGCCUGUGGCCUAUAGCCUCAUCUUCCUCCUGGGGAUGAUGGGGAACAUCCUCGUGCUUGUCAUCCUGGAGCGGCACCGGCAUACUCGAAGCUCAACAGAGACCUUCCUGUUCCACCUGGCGCUGGCCGACCUUCUCCUCGUCUUUAUCCUGCCUUUCGCAGUGGCCGAGGGCUCCGUGGGCUGGGUCCUGGGGACCUUCCUCUGCAAAAUUGUGAUCGCCCUGCACAAGAUCAAUUUCUACUGCAGCAGCCUGCUGCUGGCCUGCAUAGCCGUCGACCGUUACCUGGCCAUCGUCCAUGCUGUCCAUGCCUACCGCCGCCGCCGCCUCCUCUCCAUCCACAUCACCUGCGCGACCAUUUGGCUGGCUGGCUUCCUGUUUGCCCUGCCAGAAGUCCUCUUUGCCAAGGUUGGCCAGCCUCAUAACAAUGACUCUCUGCCACAGUGCAGCUUCUCUCAAGAGAACGAAGCUGAAACCAGAGCCUGGUUCACCUCCCGUUUCCUCUACCAUAUCGGGGGCUUCCUGCUACCAAUGCUGGUGAUGAGCUGGUGUUAUGUGGGAGUGGUCCACAGGCUAUGCCAGGCCCAGAGGCGUCCUCAGCGACAGAAAGCAGUCCGGGUGGCCAUCUUAGUGACAAGUAUUUUCUUCCUUUGCUGGUCACCCUACCACGUUGUCAUUUUCCUAGACACGCUGGAGAGGCUGAAGGCCGUGGACAGCAGCUGCGAACUGAACGGCUAUCUCUCGGUGGCCAUCACCGUGUGUGAGUUCCUGGGCCUGGCUCACUGCUGUCUCAAUCCCAUGCUCUAUACCUUCGCUGGCGUCAAGUUCCGCAGUGACCUGUCUCGGCUUCUGACGAAGCUGGGCUGUGCUGGCCCAGCCUCCCUUUGCCAGCUUUUCCCCAGCUGGCGCAAGAGCAGUCUUUCUGAGUCAGAGAAUGCCACCUCUCUUACCACCUUCUAGUUCCCAGAACCUCCACACACUGCUUUCUGUCUCUGUUUUCCUUGGGAGCCUGGAGUGAAAGGGCUAGAAGUCAUUUCAACAACAACUGGGGUUCUGAGAGCUUAUUUGGGCCAGUGUCCCUAUAUGGGGCAGCCAGGUGAACUCUUUCUAGAAUAUCCCUAAACUUUUCUGCCAGCCCUCAGGCUAAACUAGAGCCCAGGGAGGGGAAAGCAGCCCAAAGACAAAGCAAGAGAUAUCUAGAGAGCCCACAUCACCUGGGGCUAAGAGGACUGCACACACUUCCUAUCCUAACCAGCCAAAGCUAAGAAGCAGCUUACUUCUCCCCUGGCCUUAGGGAGAACCACUCUUCCGGUGGUUUCGGCUUUGUCUUCCUCUGGUUAUGGACCCCAGAGUCUCCUCCCAGAAUUCACUCUGUCAUCUUAAAGGCUGCUGACCACCACAGCUCCCCAGCCCUCCCAUACCACCGAGGGACAGCCAGCUGGCAGCAGAGUAUGGCCUUAACAUGCUCGUCCCCUAAAUACAGACUUUGUGCCAGAUCUUCAACGCUGCUGUUCUCUUCAUCAAGCAGGAAGCUGAGGCUGAUCUACUUUAGGUAGCUGUCUAGCUCCAACCAAACCAGCACUGGGACGGCCCCAGGUUACUGGAUCUUGGACUACAGACCAAGGACAGGCUCCAGGAGGCCCUGGAGGCCGGCCAGUGUCCUCAGAAGAGUAGAAGGGAAGCCAGCAGGAAAGCAGCCCAGUGGAGAAAUGGAAAGACACUUUCUCUCCAGGCCCCAAAGUGGGGCAAGUAAAAUUCAAACCCAGCGGUCUUCUCUGCCCAAGGACCAAAGCUUCCAGACUGGCAGGGAGAUAAGAUCCAGGUCCUGGCUGGAGAGAUGGCUCAGAAGUUAGGAGCACUGGCUGUUCUUCCAGAGGACCUGAGUUCAAUUCCCAGCAACCACAGGUUGGCUCACAACCAUCUAUAAUGAGAUCUGGUGCCCUCUUCUGGCCUGCAGGGAUACAUGCAGGCAGAACAUUGUAUAUGCUAUAAAUAAAAUCUUAAAAAAAAAAAAAAAAAGACAGAGAUGGGGCCCUACCUAGUGGAUUCUGGGCACUGAUGGGGAAGGAGGCCAUCUUGCCUCUCCUGCAGUCCUCAGGGCCCGUGGAAAGUAAAAUAGCAAAGGGGUCCUAGCCUCAGAAGAGGGGGCACUUAGCGGAGAAAAUGAAGACAGAGACCCCUGUCUUCAUCAGGUGGGGGCAAUGUGAGAAGCCGACCUGGGCAGGGAAGUCCCCGAGCCCCAGGGAGGUAGUGCUGUGCCCCUGGGAGGGUACUACUCAGGUGGAACCAGAGGAAGCUACUCCACACCUGCUUAGGGGAAACCUAGCUGCUAAUUCUGAGCACCUCUUCCCAGCCACUGAUGGAGGAGGGGGUGGGGGGUUGCCUGGUACCACUCAAGCCAAACAGACAAGCUCCCUGGGGGACCCCACUAGGGAAAUCAGCGCUAUCACUUCAGAGACAACACCCCCAUUGCAGAAUGGAGACAUCUCGGAAUCCCCUUUUCUGUUCUCAGCAUCCAACAGCCAGCUGGGCAGCAGAGAAACCAGACACAGAAACAAAAAAGGCACGAGAUUACAUUUUUGAAUUUUCUCUUUUUAAUAAAAAGGCACCUAUAAAACAGGUCAAUUCAGUACAGGCAGCACAGAGACCCCCCAGAGCAAGCCUACAAAGUGUUUCAAAAUAAAAACCAAGAAGAUGUCUUCACAUAUUGUAUUUAUAUAUUUAUAUUUAUAUAUAUAUUUAUAUAAUGGUACAAAAUGGCUGGGGUAUGGCCAUGGAUGGAGAGGAGAAGGCUGGCCUGUGGAGAUCACCUUGGGGAGCUAGUGGAAGAGGUGGGAGACAGGACACCAGAAGGGGGCAUCGGGACCUCUGUGGCCUGCGCCCUCUCCUCGGAGCAAGGCAGUUAGACAGUUUGGACAGGCUGGGGACACAUGGGGGUAGGGCACAAGGCCCAGAUGGAAGCAGGGCGGGCAGAGUGUCUGGCAGGAAGGAGGACAGGUUUCCACCCACCUCUCGACGCAGAGACCUUGGCUCUGGUCCCUGGGAGGGGCAGGGGAAGCCAGGGGCCUGCAG